CACUUCAGAGUUGCUUUGUUUUCCUCCAUUUCUCGAUUAGGGUUAGGUUCUGCGAGGAAGAAGAAGACGAAGGAGAAGAAAAAUUAAGAAGGGAAUAGGAGAAAUGGGGUUCUCAAUGCAGCCAUACGGGGUUCAGGCUAUGCAUCUUUUUGGUCUUGAGGAGGCAAUUCUGAAAAAUAUUGAUGCUUGCAAGGAGCUCUCUGCUAUCACAUGCACUUCUCUAGGCCCUAACUGUAUGAAUAAGAUGGUUAUAAAUCACUUGGACAAGCUGUUUGUCACAAAUGAUGCUGCUACUAUUGUAAAUGAGCUUGAGAUUCAACACCCUGCUGCCAAGAUAUUGGUUCUGGCAGGCAAGGCUCAACAGGAAGAAAUUGGUGAUGGUGCUAAUUUGACUAUUUCAUUUGCUGGAGAGCUCCUCCAAAAUGCAGAGGAGCUAAUUAGCACUGGCCUGCACCCAAGUGAGAUCAUCAGUGGAUAUACCAAAGCUAUAAACAAGACUGUUGAGAUUUUAGGUGAGCUAGUAGAGAAAGGUUCAGAAAGUAUGGAUGUCAGGGUUAAGGAGCAAGUUAUCACCAGAAUGAAAGCUGCUGUUGCUAGCAAGCAAUUUGGAUAAGAAGAUGUUUUAUGUUCCCUUAUAGUUGAUUUAAUA